UGAAGGUAAGAUCGCUGAUAAAGCAGCAUUCUAAUAAAAGACGAUCAGUUGAUGUUUUCUGCUGUUGUCAACAUGUACACGGCCGUAUCCUUCAUACUGCUUUGUCUUCUCAUCUCAAGCAGGCAAAAUGUGUUUGGAGGUAGGAUCAUUAAUGGAGAGAGAGUUCCAGAUGGGAUCCUGCAGUACAUGGCUUCUCUGCAGAACGACAUAGGGAAACAUUUAUGUGGAGGCUUCCUCAUUAGUGACUCGUUUGUGGUCACCGCAGCUCAUUGUGAAUAUGGCAAACCCAAAAGUGUUGUCCUUGGAACAUCUGAUCUUAGCAACGUUGAUGAUACUAUGAGAUACAGUAUCAGGAAAUGCAAAGCUCCUUUUACAUUUGAUCUUGGCUCAGACAUGAUGCUCCUUAAACUGUCCAGACCAUGCCCACUCAAACCGGUGCCACUGCCCCCGCCUGAGGUAAAACUGCUUGAAGAUGCCCAGUGCAGAGUGGCAGGCUGGGGAUCAACCCAAACCAGUGGCUCUAUGUCUGACAACCUGAGAAUGGUGCAGGUCUCCAUCAUAAGUCACAAGAUAUGUUCAAAUAAAUGGGCUGAAGCUGAUAUAAAAUUGCCAGACGACGUUAUCUGUGCAGGGGGGUACAAGACAACGAAAGGAUUCUGUCAGGGAGAUUCAGGUGGGCCACUGAUCUGUAAUGGAACAGCAGUUGGAGUUGUGUCUUUCAAUUAUUUAAGCAUUUGUGACUAUCCAACUUUCCCCAAUGUUUACACAAGCCUGAUUAAGUUCCUUCCCUGGAUCAAAAAUGUAGUCUCACAAAAUGACUGCUAAUUAAUUCAGAUGUGCUUGGAUGAUUAUGGCACACCAUUUUAUACUUAAAUAAAGCAUUCUGUCAUAAUUCCA